UGGCGAUACACCUGUUUCUCCUGUGGUGAUCCUUGUUGUUGUCUGCGCAACGUAAGAAAACAAAGCAUCAGGAACAGACUGUUAAAAAACUAAAGACGCUGACAAACAACUGUAUUGAAGUCCUUUAGCUAAAAUGUCGACAGAGGAGCUGUCAGCCUCGGACAGUGAGGCUGUGUUAGCCGGAGCAGGGGAGCGCUGGGCACCGGUCGGAGCGGUGGCCAGCCCGGAGGAUGAGAGGUGGAGCGCUGGGCAGCCGAAGCACAGAGGCUCGUCCACGGCCACCGAGGGAGAAAUGGCCGGCAGGCUGGAGAAGCUGGAAGAGGAGCAGGACUUGCUGAACUCCUCUCUCCUCGCCCUCACCUCACACUUUGCCCAGGUUCAGUUCCGAUUGAAGCAGAUCGUCCACGCCCAGAGCGACGAGAAGGAGAAGAUGCUGGUGGAGCUGGAGGAGUUCGCCUUCAGGGGCUGUCCUCAUGUGGUGGGCUGCAGGGGGCCGGAUGCCCAGCAGCUGGAGAACUCGAAUGAGAGGGAGAAGAGGGAGCGCCUGGAGGCUCAGAGGGAAAAACAGAAGGAUCUCAUUUUCCAACUGAAGACACAGCUAGAUGAUCUGGAGCGCUUUGCCUAUCAGGAGGGCAGCUACGACUCGCUGCCGCAGUCCGUCGUCAUGGAGAGACAGAAGGUCAUCAUUGACGAGUUGAUCAAAAAGCUGGAUGUGAACCUGAACGAGGACAUCGGGAACUUGUCGUCUGAGGAGCUGAGACAGAGAGUGGACUCGGCCAUCGCUCAGAUAGUGAACCCAGCCAGGGUCAAAGAGCAGCUGGUGGAUCAGCUCAAAACCCAGAUCAGAGACCUGGAGAUGUUCAUCAACUUCAUCCAGGACGAGGUGGGGAACCCUCUGUUACCAGAUGGUGCACACAGCCAGCAGCCACGAGCAGCAGGCACCAACAACAAAACUCCAGGAAUGAAGAGAGUGGAUCCAGAGCAGGCCCAGAAGAUGCGAGAGACCGGCCUGCAGCUGAUCCAGAAGGCCCUCGCAGUUCUGCAGAUCUUCGCUGCGAGCCAGUUUGGCUGCGCGCCCGGCCACGUCCCUCAGAACAUUUGGCCUCACGAGUCGGCGCAGCAGGACUACGGGCCCCUGCUGCAGCGUCUGGAGACAGCUGUGGACAAGGUGCGGGUGCUGGGCUCCUGCAGACAGCCCUCAAUUGAACAUGUUGUUAACUACACCAGCAACUCGGCGCUGGGACCCCGAGACGAGCUGACGUCGUCGGUGAGGAAGGAGCUGGCGUUCGCUCUGAAAGACUUGUUGGCUCACGGCCUCUUCUCCCCCUCCCAGACAAUGAGCCUGGUGCUGGCUCCCAUCUCCUGCCUGCUGCCUUACUCUACAGCCACACAGAACAUGCACCCAUGGGAGCUCUUUGUUAAAUACUACCACUCCAAAAAUGGGAAGGCCUUUGUGGAGACGCCGGCCCGCCAGCUUUCACAAUCCUUCAGCCUGCCUGUAGGGGGCGGCCCGGUGACCGUCACCCCUAAACAAUCUCUGCUGUGGGCCGUCCACACUGUGCUGAAGGAGCACGGGCGCUACAAACGGGGCCCAGACACAGAGUUCAAAGCGCUGGUGUGCAUGGCUCUGAACGAGCAGCGCCUGGUGUCGUGGCUCAACCUGCUGUGCAAGUCUGGCACUCUGAUACACCCGCACUACCAGGCCUGGAGCUACAUGGCCCAGACUGGCUUCGAAGGCGCCCUGCGCAUCCUGGGCCGCAUCAGCCACCUCAAAUUCAACCUCCCAGUGGACCUGGCUGUGCGGCAGCUGAAGAAUAUUAAGGAUGCUUUCUGAGUAGGAAAGACAUCCGUAAAUAGUAGUCUGAGAUAUCAAGUAUUUUAUCAACUACACUUCUCUUACUUCAGUACCAAAAGCAUUUAACCUUUUUAAAGGUUAGUUAAGAAGUUCCCCAUCUUAAAUAAAGUGCAAGUAUGUGGUGUCUGUACAUGCAUGGAUGACUCUGUUGUGUGAGCUUCAGCCAAACAUAAUCAGUAUUUCCCACCAUGUUAAAGAUGCCAACAUGUCAUGAUGGCAAAGCUACUUGUACUGUAAACAUGCCUUAGAACGGAGAUUGAGAUUUCCUCGUGUGUAGAGAAAAGCCUUCCUGACCUUUGCGACCUGUGCUCAUCUUACUGUCAUCAUUCCCCUGUGUGUACAUGAUACUGUCCUCACUUAUGCAGCAACUACAGAGGUUGGAUAUAUACAUACAUGCAUAUAUACGUACAUAUACACGUAUAUAAAUGAAUCAAUACUUUAAUGUGUAAGGAUGAAGAAAAUGAAUGAGCAAAAACUCGAUACUGUGGCUUCUACACAGUAUCAUGAGAUUGUUGGGUGUAAAGUGGUCCUUGUGUUCACAGUGAACUCAACUCAACUUUAUCGAUAUAGCAGCUUUCUAACAAAGAGCCAAUAAUGCUUCAAAGAGCAAGAUUAUAUCAACAGACAAAAACAAUCAAUAGAUACUUUUUUUAAAGAACAUGAAAACAAAAUGCCAAAGUCAACACCAGGAAAUAUUUAAACAAUUGAUUCAUUCUUAAAAAUAAGGUUAUUAAAAUAUUUCAAAUUCCAGUAAGUUUUUUUGGACACAUUCGUAACAUUUUAAAGAAAAGCAUUGGACAACGUUAGUAAUCUGUGGCUAACAUAACAUCUGAUCCAAGGAGGAGAAAGGUAAUUUAAGGCUCCAUAAAUAAGUGACUUUAUAAAAUAAAACAUAAGUAAAUGAAAAGUAUAGUGACUUCUGUGAGGGCAUUUAUUAUUUUGUUGGUAAAUCAUGUGUAGCAGAUGGUUGAUCCUAAAGCACUCAGGUCAACUCAAAUGAAAAAGAUAUCUCCAUCGAACUUGAAGUUAAUGUGUUGUGUAACAUUGUCAAGGAACAUGCAACUAUCAAUGACUACAUUUUAAACCUCUGAAGCUGUUGUCACUUCUUGCACUUGUGUUGCAGGUGAGUUAGACCCUGUAUGAACUGCUGCUUUUCUCUUAUUCCAGGUGUAGUUAUAUUUUAAAUUGAAUGACAGUGAUAUUGUAUGAUAAGAAGGAUGCAAUGGCUUAUGUCCCCAACAUAACACAAUUGAAGGAAAGUAAUUGGUUUGUCUUGUUUCCUAUUUUGCAGAGAAAUGUAUUUUUUCUUCCUGAGACAGCUGAGUUGCACGAAUCAUAUCCUUAAAUACUGAAUGUACAAACCAUAGAUGCUACUAAACUGACGUUUAGUUACAUUUGUGUGUAUUUUGAAACUUAAGUCAUCCUGGGCCAACAUGUAUGUGUCAAACGUCUAAGUAUGCGUGUUGAUAAAAUAUAACUUUAUUUUGUCUUUCCCAAGAAACAAACCUGUGCACUUUGCAACUUGAGUUCCCCUGAAGACACAUUUUUAGAAUGUAUUUUAUGUUACUUUGUCAAUUUAAACUUUGUGUUCAGUUUGAGCUAUGUGUAGUAAAUGUAAUGCUAUAUUUAUCUUUCUAUUUUCCUUAUUUUUUGUUGUGUUUUGUUCAGGUGUUAUGUUGUGAUUAAUGUGAAGAGACAUUUAUUUAUUGCAUAGCAUGUUUUAACUCAGCUCUGAAGUAGACAACAUAUCAGAACAUGUCGUACUAGACACAUUGAAUCAUUUAUUUAUGUUUUGAUUUAAUCACGAAAUAUAUAAGGAUAUAUGAAAGGUGUUCAUUUUGUUUGAUUUAUCAUGUUUAUAUGCAUACCUACCGCUGUAAACGAAUUAAACUUAGUAAAUGAAA